AUGUCACAAUCCAAUUUCUUUGCUGCGACAGCGAGACAGUGGGUCUCACCGGUCUAUGCCUUCUUUCAUCCAACACCAAAUAUUGUCGAAAUUGGAGGAUGGCGGGCACAUGAAUUCAAAUGUCAGGCAAAAGGAUGUAAGGCGAAAGUCCAAUGUUUCCUGGAUAAGGAGGAUGUUUUGCAAGCCGCCAACCAGGCCAAAGAUGCUAAUGAAGUUCGCAAAAAAAUUGUCAGCAGCUUCCUGCGCAAUGGGUCAAUUACAGCCUCAUUUGAAUGCAAGGGCAAAGGAAAGGUGACUUACUCUCAUCGUCAGCACACACGAGCUGAGACAAACCUGCGUCCGUUCGAAAUCGUCAAAGACAAAGGGUUUCAGUCACUCAUGAAGACAGGACGGCCAGAAUACUACAUACUGUCUCCUUCUACUGUCGCUAGGGAUGUUCAAAUGCGGAUAGCUGGGAUGAUCAAGGGAUACCCAGGAAAAGUCAAUUUUACUACUGAUGGCUGGACAUCACCCAACCACAGAGCAUUUGUUGCAGUUUCGGUCCACCUCAAACUCAACGGCAAGCCACUAACAUUGCCAUUAGAUAUUAUUGAGGUCGCAAAGCUGAUUGAAUCACAGUCGCACACAGGAGAGGAACUCGCACAAACAUUUGCAGACAUUCUGGAGGAGUAUGGGAUAUCGGAGAAAGUUAGUCAAUUGUUGGGUUGA